AUGGUGUUGGGCAAGGCAGAAGUUCCAUGGAGAUUGAGGGGUAUUUUGGAGGAAGAUUGGAGACUGGGAGUUCUUCUUUUUUCUUUACUAGUGGUGUCUUGCCACCUGCUGGAGGGAUGUUACUGCACUGAGACCAUAGCAUACUGCCAAGUGCCAGGAUGA